CGCUCUCGCGCUGCUUCAUUCCGCUUCAUCGUGCGCUCACCACCUUUUAGCCCUAAACCACACUUUUAAAGAAAACAGAACGAAAUAUUCGUCCUUUUUGUGUUUAUGUGAGCUAUGCGGUUUAGAUGGACCGAGUUGUUUAGCGCGUGCCUGCCGUAGGUGUGCGGACGGGGCCGCGUGCGACUCCAGGUUGCGCUUUUGGAUGAGCGCGGCCGAGCCGGAGCGGCGCGCGCUUCACGAGGAUGCUGCGGGGACAUGCCUGCGGGACGGGAGGAUGAGAUGUGCGGGAAGGCGCUGGAGUUGCUUUCUGAGCUGUGCGCGCGCGGAGAGGUGCACAGCGACAAGUGCGCAGACUUCAUCUACUCUUUCCGUGACCUGGGCAGACCAGACUACUCUGACUCGGAUGUAUCGGUGAGCCUGCUGUCGUUGAUGGUGACCUCGUGUGGCCUGGCUCUGUUUGGUGUCUCGCUCUUUGUGUCGUGGAAGUUGUUCUGGGUGCCAUGGCGCGACCGCUUCUGGCCCUCCAGCCUAAAGGAGCAGCAAGGCGAGCAGCAGCCAGUUCUGACCGAAGAAGAGCUUCUGGAGCGCGAGUACAGUGGUGAUUUCUUCAAACACACGUCGGUGCCCCCGUUGGUGCCUGAGUCAGCCAUGAAGAUCAGCCACACGUCACCGGACAUCCAACUGGAAGCGCAGACAAAAGCCAAGGACCUCAACCACGUGCACAUUGCACGCGUGCAGAGGCAGAUCACCGACCCCACGUCAUCUGUCCGACAUAACUCCAUCCGGAGGCAAAUAAACCUCUCGAGCCCUGAGUUCAGCCCAGGUCAGUUCCAGAGACAGGAGUCUUUAUCCGGGCCGGGUCUGGGCCGGAUUAAACCGGAGCUGUACAAGCAGCGCUCGGUGGACACGGACGAUGGCAGGAGAGCGGACAGCUGUGGCCGUCUCCACUUUGUCCUUAAGUAUGACUGUGACCUGGAACAGCUGAUCGUGAAGAUCCACAAGGCUGAGAAUCUGCCCGCAAAGGACUUUUCGGGAACGUCAGACCCGUACGUUAAGAUCUAUCUACUGCCUGAGCGCAAGACCAAGCAUCAGACCAAAGUGCACCGUAAGACCCUCAACCCUGUGUUUGAUGAGGUCUUCUUAUUUCCUGUCACAUACGGCGAGCUGCACGCUCGCAAGCUGCACUUCAGUGUCUACGAUUUUGACCGAUUCUCACGCCACGAUAUCAUCGGCCAAGUCGUGGUGGACAACUUCCUGGAUUUGCCAGACUUCCCUGGGGAGACAAAGCUCUGCAGAGAUAUUCUCUAUGUCACUGCGGAUAACGUGGACUUGGGCGACCUGAUGUUUUCACUCUGCUACCUUCCGACCGCGGGCCGACUGACCAUCACCAUCAUCAAAGCCAGAAACCUGAAAGCUAUGGACAUCACAGGAGCCUCAGACCCUUACGUAAAAGUCUCCCUCAUGUGCGACGGACGGAGACUGAAAAAGCGGAAAACGUCUACCAAGAGGAACACCUUGAACCCCGUCUACAACGAAGCCAUAGUUUUCGACGUCCCUCCUGAGAACAUAGACCAAAUAAGUCUGUUAAUAGCAGUGAUGGACUACGAUCGAGUCGGCCAUAACGAGAUCAUAGGCGUGUGUCGAGUGGGGAACAUGGCCGAGAGCCUGGGCCGAGAUCACUGGAACGAGAUGCUGACCUACCCACGCAAACCCAUCGCCCACUGGCACUCGCUCGUAGAGUGGAGCAGUGAGGGAAAUCCCGGAGGAAGCCAAGGCUCCUGCAACUCCCUGAAAACACCACCAUCACCCUGAAACAUCCACCUGACCACAGUUCACAGCGUUAGAGGAAAAAUGGUGGGAGAAUGAGACAUCUCAACUAAAGGUCACUCAAAUCGUAUGCACGGACUAGUUAAGGUGGUGCAGGCAAACGUAAUACAAAAAAACACUGGACUUUUUCUCAUUGCAAAAGGGCGCGUGUCUGUUCUACUGCAUGUCAACUUGACCGUGUGUGUAGGCUUCAGUUGUAAAAAAAAAACAAAAAACCCUAACAUGGUUACAGUAUUGUUUAAACUCUAUUUGAGAGGUAAGUAUUUUUGACAUGUUUUCUCUAUCCGUUUAACACAUUGUAAUAACUUCUUGAUGUUUUUGAGUGCAGUGCAUGACCUCUAUUUUGUGUAAUUUUGUUCUUAUGGUAUCAGAUUUUACAGUGUUAAAUCAUUCUGUAUGAAAAUACAUAAGAAGUACAAUAGUAAAGGUGCCGGUUGUGAUUAAUGAGCAUUGGAACGACAUCUCUGGAACAAGUGACUAGAAAAAUAAAUAAGAUA